GAAGCCAGAAAAACAUGACAUUCCAUCGACGUGUGCACUAAAGAAAAUAAUAAUGGACGAAUGUGAAGAGCCUCCACAAGUAAGACCGUGCAAAGUACCCAGUUCGUAUAGCAGCAUGCAAGUGAAUGGUCGCGAGGCCUCUGAACCCACGACCACAAUUGUUAAUGAAGUCAUUACGGCUCUGACACAACCGAAUGUUAUCAUACUUGGAAUGUAUGGGUCAAGUGAUGCAAGAAUGAUCAAAGUGGUGGAUAAUAUCACAAGGAGAGUUCAGAGGAAUGGGGUGUUUGAUGUGGUUGUCAUGGCAACCGUGGAGAUAAAGAAUACAUGUUGGUCUUCUUGGUCGACCAAAUCACCAGACCUGAGAAGAAUUCAAGAUGAACUUGGGAACAUGUUGGGCUUGCGACUCCAACAGCAAACUCUAAAGAAAAGAGCUAGCCAAUUGCGUGAUUGGAUAAAGAUGAAGGGCAAGAUCCUUAUCAUCCUCUAUGGUCUUUGGGGUGAAAUUGACUUGAGUAAGAUAGGAAUUCCUUUUGGAAAUGAUCACGAUGGUUGUAAAAUUGUGUUAGUAGCUGAGAGUCAAGAGGUUUUGUCUAACCAAAAGAAUGUCCCCCAAAUGAAUAUAUGCACGAGUCUUUAGAACUCUGCAGUGUUGAAGAGUUGUUAACAUAUCUGUUUGUAUUUUGGUGAGCAUUUAAAAAUUC